AAGCUCUUUUUGAAAAAAGGCGGGAAAAACUCUUAUUCAUGACAUAAUAAUGCUAUAGAAUAAGAAAUAACUUUGAUUUAAGUUGAGAUAGUAUACUUGGCAUGUAUUUAACUUAUUCAAAACACAGAUCAAGCUUGAUUCAAGAUACAUUUAAAUCAGAGAAUAUUUUUGGGCCUUUUUAUGUACACAAUCGUACUUUGUUCUUUUGGCACUAGUGCAUAGCAGUAAGCUUAACUUAGAGACAUCAUCAUAUCAUGUCCAAAGCAUAGUCAAACUUUGCACUACAUCAGAUGUGUAUUAUGCCCAAAGCAUAUCAAGUCAGACUUUGCAGGUGACUUUGUCCAUAUUACGUUGUAAUGGACAAAACUAUGGAAUUACAUGAUAGGUCAAACAUAUGAUGUCUAUAGCAGCCAUGAUGUCUACAACAACAGGCCAGACUUCGGCCCAUCAUAUUAUGUCCAAAGCAGAGGCCAAAAUGUUUCGGCAUAAUGUCCUGUAUGUCAAACCUGAGACUAGAUCAUUACUUCAUUAUCGAAGACCAAAGUUGUACACAUCUAAAACCAAGUCAAGAAAAGUCUGACAAAAGGAUGCCAAGCUCCAAAACUGUAGCUCUCAGGAAACAGAUUGACAGAGGUGCGGGUAAUUGAGCCUGACGGGGAAAUAAAGUAGGUAAUGGAGAAUUUGGACAUAACACGAAAUUGUUGUACUGACCCGAAACCGGAUCAAAGAAACAAAACUGUCUUACAAUGUGCGCUUUGCCAGGCGAUUCUUCGAGCUCCACGAACACUGAAUUGUUUCCAUUCCAUGUGCGAGGAUUGCCUAUCAUCUUGCGUGCUGGAGGAGGACGGACGUUUGGUGGUUGUAUGCCCUAAAUGUACAUACAAGUCAACUACAGAAAAACCAGCAGAAACAAUCAGUAAUCCUGAUACUUUCUCAUCAUCACCGGUGAUGCUAACGUUACUGGAUCAUGAAGACCUUGAGGGAAAUAAAGCUUGCACGUCUUGUCAUAACCGCUCAAAGACCACACCGUCUGCUUACUGGUGUUUUGAGUGUCUUGCGUACCUCUGCGAACAGUGCUUUUUGUUUCACUCGUCCCUGUCAUAUUUGGCAAAGCAUCACACAUAUAGCAGGAAAGAAGUAGAAAAUACACCUAUAUUACUGUCCAUGGCUAGGGAAAUUUGCCCAAGACAUGGAGAGAAAUUUACCAGAUUUUGUGACGUAGAGAAAGAAGUGUGUUGCAACACGUGUGUAGCGGAUUCCCACAUGGGUCUAUGUCUCGGAGCUCAUGAAAUUAUUAACUGUUUUGAAGACGUUCAGUCUGAUUUCACACAUUUGAAAACAUCGAUCAAAGAUCAGCUAAGUGAAUUAGACGAACUACUGACUGAACAAAACAAAGCAGAAUUGAAGUUAGAGAAAUUUUGUCUUGUAAAACAAGGAACGAUCCAUUCCUUGACAGAUAAGAUCGGUACUAAUGUUCAUCAUCGAACGCAAACUCUAGUGGAAGUUUCAAACCAAUACUCGCAGAAAAACCUCCAAGAAUAUGAAGACAAUUUGAGAUUAUUGAGAGACAGACACAGUUUACUAACAAAAUGCCUCCAAACCACAUCAAAAUCACAGUUUGGAUAUGCAGUCAGACUAUUAUUACAGAAAAAGAAUAUAGAAUCAAUGACAAUGGAAGUUGAAAAGUUUGUUGAUGAAGUCAAAGUUGCCACAUCUCCUGUGCCUGUUGUACGAUUUUGUUCGUCUCUCACCAACUUACGCAAGAAGCAGUCCUUCGGUUCUAUAGCUACAUCUUCUACAUGUAGUUCAAAACCUGUGCUUGGAUUAAACUACAAAGUAGAAAAAGCAAGAUCAACAGAAUUAUUGCAACAAGAUGAAAAACUCGCUCUUUCGCAUUCACUUGAAUUCGGCGGAAAUGCAUUUACACUUUCCAGGACAAUUCAAACCGAGAACAAAUUUUCUCACGUCACAGGCUGUGACUGGCUAUCGGAAACCAAAAUCAUUAUCGUUGAUUCAAGAGAAAAGUCAAAUUCACUCGCUCAAAUCUUUGACACAUCAAGCGGAAAACGAAUACUGGAGAUUCAGUUAAAGGACAAAGCAUAUGACGUCACCACGCUUCCUAACCAAGAAGUCGCCAUCACAUUUCCAAAGGCACGAUAUGUUGGCUUCUUCAAUUGCCAAAAUGGCCGCCACGAGGAAGAUCUUGACAUGGGCAUGGAUUGUUACGGAAUCAGUCGUCUUGACGACGGUCAUAUCGUAGUCGGAGGAGAAGAAUAUAUCUUGAUUCUUGACCAUGACUUUAAUGAAAUCAGAACUCUCCACGUCAGAGGAGAAAGCAUUCGAUACAUCUGGACCAGCAACAUCGACUUUAUCUUUUACAGCGACUUAACAACAAACACGGUCUAUAGCAUGUCUGGUAACGGGGGUGCCAGGUAUAAAUACAGACCGAAUAAGAUCCAGGCUCCAGCGGGCCUUAUCGGGGACACAAACAAAGGGAAUCUUUAUGUUUGCGAGAAAGGAUCGAAGUAUCUCCAUAUUGUGAAUAAAAAAGGGAAAUAUGUGAAACGCGUUGACGUCGGACAAUCACCUACCGCUAUAGCAAUGUCGAAAGACUUGAACAAGAUAUGUAUCGCAAGAGGCGGUCGUCAUAAUGAGCAUGUGGUGGAUAUCUAUCAUUUGUAACAUCGGUAUUAUGAAUGAGGCGAUUUUCAUAACGAACACAUGAUCGAUGUCUAUCGUAUCAUCGUUAUGUCGUCAGUAUGUGAACAAGAUGAAUAUCGAUCAUUUUCAACGGAAAGCCGUCUAUAUCUAUCAUAUAGAACGGAAACGUGGUGGAUAUCUAUCAUAUAUAACGCAAACGUGGCGAAUAUAUAUAAUAAAUAAUGGAAACACGGUGUAUAUUUAUUAUAUAUAACGGAAACGUGGUGCACGAAUAUAUAUCAUAUACAUGUAUAACGGAAACGCGGUGUAUAUUUAUCACAUAUAAUGCAAACAUGUGUACAUCUAUCGUUUAUAAUGGAAAAUUUCAUGGUGUAUAUCCAUCGUUUUACAAGUACUAUAUCCAUGGAAUGUAGGUCUUUGUUAUGUUAAAACAUCGGCCUUCAUACCCAAUUCGGCAAAUUAUUUGCGGCGGGAAGAAUAUUGCGAAAACUUAAAAUGCAGUGUACAGUAUUUUAUAUUGAAAUCUGAUAAUGAAGCGUUGUUUUGAAUUUUUUAAAUUGAAGUGGAGGAAGUUAAUUUUGCGAAACAACAGUAACCGUGACAACGCAACGUUAUUCAAAAUAAUGAUCGCACUAGAUAGGCGACUUGCUAUUGUGCUUACACAAUGGUUUUAAAAAAGUGCACGCCUUUUGAUAAAGAAUUAUUGAGUGGGGAGUAAAUAACAUAAAAGAAUUGCGUCUAAUCUAAAAUUCUUCCUCAUACCCAAUUUCUUUUUGUGUGUGUGUGUGUGCUACGGAAAUAUAUUUCUAGAUAUUUUAAAAAGAGUAGAUAACGAAAAAUUGCAAUAAGGAAGUCUGAAAUAUUCCACUGUUUUAGUGCGUCUAUGAUUAAGCUAGAAUUCAAAUGAAAUGGCUAUAAUUACAUGUAUACACUGUACUAAUUGCUUUGUUGUAUUUAUGCUUGAUAUGAGAUAAAAUAAAACGAACUAGCGUUAUCAGAAUUCUUCUCGCUAGUGAUUUCAUCAAUGUAGAGCU